AUGAACGCGCACGCACCGAAGGAUGCCGCGAAGCGGCACGAAGUCGAAAUCACGAAGCUGACGAAAGACGAAAUGACAUUCGUGUUGCACAACAGCAACACAGGGAUGGCGAACGCGCUACGAAGAAUCAUGCUAUCAGAGAUCCCAACACUCGCCAUCGAUGUCGUCAAUGUGUACGAAAACACCAGUCCGUUCCAUGAUGAAUUCCUAGCACACAGAUUAGGGUUAAUACCAAUAGAUAGCAGAAAUGUUAAAAAUUUUGAAUUCAGAGAAAAAUGCAAAUGUAAGGAGACAUGCUCAAAGUGUACUAUUCAGUACCUCAUCCAAGUGAAGUGCAAUAAUGUUAGCAAAAUAGAUAUAACACAUUAUGAUAUCGAAUCUGUGGAACAUGAACCAAACGUCCCAAUGCCGGUUCCCUUCGAAGAUAGAAAUAACAAAAUGGCAGAAAGUAAUGCUAUUCCAAUUGUUACUCUGUCUAAAAAUCAAACGUUACAUAUGAAGCUAAUAGCCACGAAAGGUAUUGGGAAAAUGCAUGCUAAAUGGAUACCUGCCAAUGUGUCGUAUAGAAUCGACCACAAGGUUGCCAUAAAACAUCAGUUGAUUAAUUCUCUAUCGGUGGAACACAAACUACUGUUAGCGAACAGCUUGAACAAAAACUGCUACGUUUUGAAGAAUGCCGAUGCUCAUGAUAGGGAUGUGUCUUUAAAGCUAAAUGAAAAUAUGUCCGUUGUCAUGGCAGAGAGUUGUAUCGAAUUGCUGAACGAAUUGGGAUAUAAAGAUGUCGUAAAAAUAAUUUAUGAUGAGACUAAGUUUCAUUUUAAGGUUGAAUCUGUUGGUUCCAUGCCACCGGAGCAGGUUGUAGAAAUGGCCAUUGAAAUUUUGGAGAAUAAGCUAAAGACGCUAGAGCCGCAAAUCAAGUCCUCCUUCUAUUCCAUCGAUGAGGUCGCUAAGCAGCUCAAGGAGCAGGGCGUCUCCCUCUACGGAAUUCAGCUCGACCUCGAGUGA